AUGCGUGGACUCCGACCCCAAACAAGGGAGCGAGAACAAGGUGCAACCAGGGAACCUCCUCCAGCCCUACAGCUUCAAAGUUGUCAGGCUGCAGACCCGUCGGCUUUCCUGAACCUUCUCGAUGAGACUCUCUUGCCAACCGUGGAUCAUCGAUGCCACCCGGACCGCAUCUUCCAUCAGCCACACACUCCAUGCAACCCAAGCACGGGCACGGGAGGGCCGUCUCGUCCAGGCCCAAGCGAUUUCUUGGCUCAGACUUCGGACUCUGGUCAGCGGGUCUCUGCUAAUAGCCCUUGCACCGCCUUUCCUGCCCAGGAAACGGUUCCUAACCAGUUGCUUCCUGGCUACGCUGUGCACAAUGACGAAUGGUUAAGCAGCUUCGAUUUUAACUGCCUAAGCCCAUCUAUUUGGCCGGUCACUGAGCAUUCAGCAACUCUUUAUCAAUCUCAACGUCGCACUUCACAAAAUACCAAUAGGACUGGACAUAUCACCCCAGAAAGGCUAGGUCAUCAGUUGGCAAACCUGUUCGUUAACCUGGAAGAUAAUUGGGUGUCCCUACCACCGUUAUCUAUCCAUGACGACAAAGGUGCUUAUGAUAGGGUGCUUGCUGCUGCUGCUGCAGAGUCGCCAACGGGUCAUGGGACCUUGUUUGCGAUUGUUAAAAUGUUUGAACUAACGCAGAACCUCAUCGAUCUGUAUCCCCCUGUCCUCAAGCAAAUCCAGUCAUUUUCUUCAAAGAUACCUUCCACCACGCCACACAUGUCCAGGAGAACAAUAGAUCAGGCCUCUUUGCAUCAGCUGCUGUCCUGUCACCACCGCACUCUCGAUAUGUCCGUUGAGAAUGGGAAAUGCAACCCUAAGGCAACUGGAUCGCCAUCUCCCUGUCAUAGGCUACGUAUUGGAUCUUUUGUUCCCACUACAAAGGUUCCAAUGGAAUUAGUUCUUGCCAUUGAGUUUCAGAAACUACUAUUGGAUUGCGCCCACGACCUUGAUGAAAGUGUAUCAUCCGUCUCUAAGGCUGUCGAUAUCAACACAACGCAAGAUGCUCCACAAUCAGAUAGUUUGGAUGUAUAUAAGUCAGAAGAAAUCAGAAGCUUGGCCAAGGGUGCAUUGCAGCGGUCAGAUUCUGUGCUCCAAACUGCAUCUCGUGUUCACAAAUUGAUGCAAGAAGCCUCAAAAAAUACCUAAACCACAAGCUCCUGGCUACCAGCCAUAGGGCGGGGGCUGAUUCAAGGUCCUAGAGUUGGAAGGGACGCUUAUUAUCUGUUGAGUCCAGAUUCAAUCUGAAGACCAGCUUGGGCCACGCCUUUAUGGCACCACCCCCCCCCCUUUCCCCCCCGGCGACGGCAUACGUUUUUAAGAUUAUUGUUAUUGGAGGGUUGGGUGUUGAUAUGAGUGAAUUUCAUGCUAACUGUUAUAUUCCUAGCGUCUAGUACACCUCAUUCCUUUCCCUUUCUUUUUGACCUUUCUUUUUUCCCCCUUGUCUCUCAUUCCAAAGUGCAUAUUCCACCCCUCGCGAGAGCGAUCCGGUGCUGUGAGGACCCAGUUGCUGGGGCCAAUACAGAGGAAGAUCAAAUUUUGACUGCUUAGUAGUUAGUAUGCUAUGAGUCCUUUUGGGUUUGAUAUCAAUAUC